GCAUUCUUCAGAAAAAAAGCCGGCUGACAAGCUAGAAAAAUUUUUCAUUUCUUUUCAAUUUUUCUCAAUUUAAAUGCGGGCUUUUGAAUGAUUUUUUAGAUUUGUUACUCAUCUGUGAUAAGCGGAUUUUAUAGGACGAAUAAGUCUGACAUGGAUGAACAAAAUCUCCUUCAAGAUAAUCCAAAUAAUCCAAAUCUCUUUCACACUGGUGAUACAGCAACAAUGGAUGUACCAUCGAUUCCUGAUGACAACGCUAAUCAAGCCGAAGAUAAGAAACAGGAAGAUGAGGAUAACGGGAAUACACAACGUCUAGACGUUAUGCAGACGGGCGUCUAUGGAAUGGAUUCAAUGACUGGCAGCAUGAUCGGUGGUUUAUCUGCCAGUGCAGAAUCUAUAGAAUCAGAGAAGGACGAAAAGCUUAGGGAAUUAUUGGAGAACCGUGAUAAUGGUAAUAUGGAAGAUAGUACCGAAUUUAUAAGUGAAUCUUAUCUAAUUAGUGAGAAGAAGGAUACUGUUGUAGAGUUUGAUAAGGGUCCUUUUGACGAUUUUGCUACUCUGUCCAACAUUGGUAGUCGACUAGAAGAGAAAUUCGAUUCUGGUGAAGUUUCAGAGAAUUUAAUUACGCCGGACGAGAAGCCUUCGAAAGGGGAAGAAAUCAGCGAGGAAAUGACAGAUCCCCAAAUUUCACUUGAUAAUCAAACUGAUUUAGAGGAAGAAAGACUUUUUAAGAGUGACGAAACGGAAGCAGACAAGUUGGUUUACCAAAGAGAUCUAAUGGACCAACAAAAUGAAUUAUCUCAAUUAUCUCAAUUAGAAGAGAGAGAUGAAAGUAAAGAGGCAAGUGCCUUGUACGAUGUUGGACAAAAAGAAUGUGAUACGACUGAACUGUUUCAAACUCGAAGUUUGAAAGAAUCAGUUCAGGUAGAAGUUCAGAAAACUGAAACUAAUUUGAUUAUGACGGAAGAAAGAGUCGAAACUGUUGAAAGACAGGUGGAAAUUGUUGAAAAAACGAGUCUUGAUUUCAACAAUCAGAUGGCACCAGCGUCGAAAAGUCUUGAGGAUAAUAGUGAUGAUGAAUCCCAAGUAUUAAGGGUAGAUACUGAUGAAUUUAAGGAACUGGAGCAACAGCCUAGAAUUGGAACUGAUGAUGAAUUUCUUAAUGAUUCCCAAACUUCAUUUAGCGACGAAGGUAUAUCUACGCCUAUAACAGCAGACGUUGCCCAAAUACAAGAGUCGAUGGAUGAUCGAGGAUUAUCAUCCCCGAUUCUAGAGAAUUAUGAGUUAUCUGUUGAAAAAGAACACGAUAAUUCAAAUAUUGAUGAUCAUACUGUUGAAAAACAAGAUCUCUAUGGCGAUGUACGAGACGAAAGUUCUGUUAAAAUGGAAGCAAUAGAAGAGGAAAAGCUUCUUGAAAUGGAUAUUAGUACUUCUAACGAGACUACUCCAAGUUCUUUCCAUCAGAAAGAGGAAGCGUGCGCUGACGAAAACGUUCAAUCACACGCUGAGAUGUACUCUUCAAGUGUUGUAGAUACGGAACUAAUAGAAUCGGCAGUUGUAGAAACAGUUCAAGAAGAUAAACUAAUUGAUGAAAACAAAGAAAGUUUCUUUGAUGAUAACAAAACGAAUGCUGAGGAGGAGCAAACACAAGAAAUUGUUUCCAAGGAAGAAUCUGCUAUCUUAGAAGAGUUGACAUUGGAGAGAAAGUCAACAGAUCUCACCGAGGAAGAAAAUUGUGAGUCAGUAUUAAAGAAGGAAGAAAUAACCGAUAAACUAGAAGAUUCAAUCAAUUCAACCAAAGAAACAGAUUUUGAAUUUAGAGAACAAGAUGACUAUGAGCAAAAUCAAAAAGAUUUCCUAGUCGAAAAUGUAACAGGAAUAGAACGGGAAGAAUCCACUGCGGAUAGUUCAGGUAUAGAGGAAACUAUCUCUGAGUCUCACAACUCACAAGAUUUGUUAAAAGAUCAAUGUCAAAUUGAUGAACAAUCAAUUGAUGAACAAUCUAACAAGGAUAAUAUGAGCGCAUCUCUUUAUGAUGAAAAAAUUGAAGAAACGUCUCAUAUUCAAGAUAAUAGAGAUGAGAAAGAAAUACUAACAUUUGAGGAGGAGGACGAAACACAAACACAGGCUAACUUCGAACAUUGUGAGAAAGCGGCAGAAGAUCUUUUGCCUGCUUCUAACAUAGGUGAGGAAAGAAGCAUUUUAAACCCUGAGGAAGCGCAUAUCGAACAAGAAAUAAGUCAAGAAGAACUCCAACUCAAUACACCUACUGAUCCAGAAGAGAUAGCGACAGCUCAAGAUGUAAAAACAACAGAAGGCGUCAUCGAAAGCGAACAAUUGCAAGAUAACAAUGUAGAAAGAGAAGAGUUAAAGGAUAUUGUCAAUGAAGAUAACCAAAACUCAUUAGCUUCUCUUGAGGAAUUAAAGGAAUCUUCUGAUACUAGAACGCAUUUAGAAUCUGAACAAAGUUUUGCAGCAGAUGAAGAGGAUUCAAAAUUGAGCAGACAGUUUUCAGAAGAACCUCAAGCAAUUCCAUCAACAUUUGAAGAAAAGACUGAUAUUCCUCCAAGUAUUUUGAAAAGCGUUUACAAGAGUCUUGAUGAUGAGCCAUCGAAUUUAGAGGAAAAUGCAAAGGAACAGGAUUUGGAUACAAUUGUGAAAGACAAUAUUCUUGUUUCUAGUGACGAAGAUGAUAAAGAAAAGGAAAAAGAAGAAUCAUAUACUCUGGAUGGCACAGGAGAUAAGUUUAAUGAGACUGAGAAAGUUAUCACAGAAGAGCAAACAGGUGAAAAAGAGAAUGUGGCAGAUUUUCAAGAGGCAGGUUUCGAUGAUAGACAAGCAGAACAUGAAGAAAUCAGUGUAGUAGAAGGUAAAGAAUUAGGUUUAGGAGAUGUGUCAGGAGAGCAUUUAGAAGACAAACAAGAAAUUGGUUUAUCUGAGAACCAAAAAGUUCUUUUUGAUGACAAAUCCCAAGAGUUUGCUUUAGACAAAGAGACAGAAUCUGUUGCAGAAGACCACACUAAAGAGCAAGAAGAAUCUCUUCAAGAAAAUCUUCAAGAUAAGAUUGAAGACAAGAUUGAGGAACCAUGCAGGCUAUUAGAAAAAGAAAGAGAUGAGAAACUGUUUGAAGAACAAAACGAAAAAGAUAUGGAAUAUGUGGAUCAAAAAUUGGACGAACCAACCGAAGAGAUACCACAAGAAACGGCCGCAAACACGAUGCAAGAGGAAUUUGCUGGUGAAAGCGUGGAAGAUAAUUCUGGAGAGAAGCAGUCUGAGAUUGCUGUGGAUGACGAAAGAAAUAAAUUCGAGGAAAAAAGUAUGAAAAGUGACCAAGAACUCCUAUCCACUGAAAUGGAUGAUUUUGCGAAAGAUCAAGAACUUCACUCUAUGGAUAGUGAUAUUUUAAUACAAGAUAAAAGUGAGCCUAAUACACCAAUUGAUUCGGGAGAGGUAAACGAGGAGUCUGAUGACGAAGAUGCUAGUUUAAGAGAGCAAAUAGAUAAUUCUAUAACAAAAGAUGAUACCUUGACUGAUAUUGUUGGCGUAACAGAUGAAAAAAUCGAAACGCAUGCGCAAUCGCAAAUGCAAACUAUAAGCGACGAGACCUUUGUUGGGUCAAUGCAGUCAGCACCAGGUGCAGAGGAUGUAACAGGUGUUGAUGAAAAAUUACCGAUUGAUGAGGAAAAACAUUCUACUACAACCUCGGAAGAGAUUAUUGAGGAAGACGACGUUCUCUUGAUGGAACAAUCUUCUUUGGAAAAUUCUGCGCCGGUCAGCAAUGACCAGGCACUUUUAGAUUUGGAAGACAAGCCUGAAUUAGAGACUAAUGAGUCAGAUGCAAACUUAUCGACUGAUGUUAAAACAAAUAUAGCUGAAAUUCAACAUGACCCAAUGGAAGAAUGCGGGACAACAAUCGAAUCGAAAACGGAGCAUAUUACCGACACAUCUUUCGCAUCAAAUGAUAAUGGCGAUGAGAACUUGCUGAAUAAUACUAGCACAUUGGAAGAUAAACAGACAGAAGAAAAUAUUGUUGUUGAAGAAGCAAUUAAAACAGAAAUAGAAAUAGAGGAAGCAGCAAAUGAAACUGUAGACGAGGCUAUGGAAGAAAUUAAAGAGAGAAUGACGGAAGAAGUUGAAGAGAGAAUGACGGAAGAAGUUGAAGAGAGAAUUACGGAAGAAGCUGAAGAGAGAAUUACAGAAGAAGUUGAAGAGAGAAUUACGGAAGAAGCUGAAGAGAGAAUGACGGAAGAAAUUAAAGAGAGAAUUACGGAAGAAAUUUCCGAGGAAGUUCAUGCUGCUAUAUCCACAACGGAAGAGCACUCAGAAAUUAACAAGAAAACGGACGAACUUUUAGUUAAUGAAGAAGACGAAACUUUAAGUAGAUUUGCAUCCUCUACUGAGACAAUAAAAAUGGCCGAUAGUUUUCAAGAAUUGAGUGAUAAAACAGAAACGGAAUUAAUAAAAGAAGCGGGACCAGCAGAAGUUAUUAAUGAAGCAAUUUCAGCAACGAAUGAGAUGGAAGAGUCUUUCCACCGUGUCGAAACCACUGUGAAUGAAAGCGUUGUUAUAACUACUUCCUCUAUAAAUGAAAGUCUAAACAUAGAUGAAAGUAAUUUUUCGAAGGAAAUUACUGUCGAGAAGACAAAUGGAGGAGAAUUUUUCGAGAAGAAAACAGCCCUGCCGUCAACUCCCCCUAGCUCCCCUGUUAAAGUUGAACAAACCUUAGCGAGCGGUGAAGUUAGUCCUCUAGAAGGAAUUAUUGAUAAGAAGCAUGUCACUCUUACUCAUUCAUUCAAUGCUGAGGACUUUUCGGAAGAUCUAAAGCCUAAGGUAACUCUUAGCCCUGAUGGCGAUGAUCUCUUUGUUGAAACCUCAGCCGCAGUAGUAACUGUAGCGGCUUUAAACACACAAACGGUAGAAAAAAGUGUAUCAAAGCCUCUGGAAUCUCCCGUUACAUCCGAAAAAUCUGAUACUAGCACGAAGAGUUCCACAUCUGCGAAAAAGGUACAAUUUACCAGAAAAGUAGAGACGCAAACUUCAACUAUUGCAGCUAAAACUAAAUCGAAACCACCACCAAGUCCAAAGACUUCCUCAAAACCUCCUUCAAAACCAGCGUCCGCUCCUGCUCCUAAGCCUAAAAUAACGCCUAAACCUACUCCUAAGCCUGCUAUUUCAGCUCCAAAGCCUAAGACAUCACCGACAAAACCAAAAUCAGCACCUGUAUUAUCAUCACCAGUGAAAUCUAGUCCGAAAAAACCAGUUCAAAAAGAUGCUAAGCCAGUAUCAAAGGCUAAACCUAUCAAGUCUAGUCCAGUUAAAUAUGCUUCUACAGCUGUGAGCGGUAACGGUAAUAUUCAUAAAUCUAUGGAUAAGAAAAGACAAAGGAGUCCUAGUCCGCAAAAGGCUUUGGAAAGCAAUAGAGGAAGAUCGAGAAAAGAGGCGUAUGAUGCUCAAGUACAAAUGGUAGAGCGACUCUAUUAUAGAGCUAUUGCAAUCUCACCUCAUCAUAAAACAGGAAAUCCAAUUACUGGAAUAGGAAUGAAAAGUACUGAUGAAAUACGCGAUUCAAUCUUGGCUGCUUCUCAGGGAGCAAGAUCUAGAAGUAAAAAUCCAUUAACUGGUGAAGGAUACGACAGAGAGAACACCAACCAGCAAGGGAAGGUUAGAAGUAAAAGUUGCGUUGCCAUAACCAGACGGAAAAACUUGACUGAAGCCGGAGAGAGUAGAGAAGAGAUCAAGGCACGAUACACUCGAAGAGAAAAUCCUAUUACGGCUAAUACUUAUGAUUCUUAUGCGGCUGUUUAUACUGAUAGACAACCAUUAAACUCUAGUGUACAUGAGAAUAUUCGGCCGGAAAGGAGAGAAGUUGUGAACACUGCACCGAAAGGUGAGAGGUCACGUUCGACCCCGAGGAAGCGAGUUCGUAGUCCAACACCCGCCAGAACAAAUCCAAUCACUGGCGAAGGCUAUGACGAACUCGUUCAACCUCUAUCUCUACCAAAGUCGUUUAGUCAUCACGGUGGCUUAUCCGGAAUACUAAGCACUUCAAGACCCAAUCCGAUAACUAUGAGAGGAUAUGAGAUAGAAUUACACAGGGGAAAAAGACGUUACGAUGUUGCUCCUUCCUCAUCACCUUUUGCUAUUUCAACAGACGAGACAUUUUAAAGAAAUGGUUCGACCUAAGUUUUCGAUCUUCUCCUUAUUACUUUUAUAUACAAAAAUCUUGUAUCUUUUCGGUUCCUCUUAUUUUCGAAGGUAAAGAAAGUGGAGUGAUUUCUGUUGUUUUCCUUUUAUAUCACUAUCUCUUCCCUUAAAAUGCACAUAUUUUAUUUCUAUACCUUUUUUAAUCUAUAUUAGACUAUAAUCUGCUAAUGAUUUCAACUAGUUUUUGUUUAAUAGCUAUAUACAGUAUAAGGAGUUUACUUAUUCCCGUUUUCCUUCAUAGAUUCUAUCGAUGUGGUUAAUGGAAUUCCUCAAUAAGGAGAAGGAAUAUGGUUGAAUCAAUUUCUGAAAUUUGGGCAAAUGUAUCGUCGUCUCUCACUAAAUUGCAACUGUAUAAAUUGAAAAAAAAUGCAUUGGGAAGGUUAUACAGUAUAUCUUACGUAACUCUCUCUUUCUCUACCUUUCUCCCUUCUCUCUCCUCUCAUUCUCUAUCAGUCCCUACUAUUACCACUACUACUACUACUACUACUAUUUCUACCUAGAUCUUCUCUAUCUCUAUCUCUCCAUCCACCUUUUAGCUUCAGCAAGUGCAAGUCUAUUAUGCAUAUACUAAUCCGCUCUCUAGAAUGUUUAAAUGUGUCAAUUCGUUACUACUAUUAUAUUCUAAAUAUACGUAAUAUAUGUUUCUUUUUGUCUAAAAUUUACAUAGAUUAGUUGUUUAGGACGUUAAACGCCCUAUUUGCUCUUGUUCUAAGUAAAAAUUGAUUUUUUUUACUGAUGGUGAAUUGGUUUUCGUAUUCUCAAUGCUAUAACGAGCACAUAUUUUAAUGGUACAUUCUGUGCUUUUAAAACGCUUAGUAAAAAAGUCUAAUAAAGGACAUUAAAAAAAACAUUUAUUAUUGAUUGGUGUGAGAGUUAAUGUAUGUAUGUAUG